AUGGACAGUACGGCAUCCGAGGACCGCACAACUUGCGAGGACAGCUCGGCUUGGGAGGACAGCACGGCUUGCGAGGACAGCACAGCUUGUGAGGACAGCACAGCUUGCGAGGACAGCACACCUUGCGAGGACAGCACACCUUGCGAAGACAGCACAGCUUGCGAGGACAGCACACCUUGCGAGGACAGCACAGCUUGCGAGGACAGCGCAGCUUGCAAGGACAGCACGGCCUGCAAGGACAGCACGGCUUGCGAGGACAGCACGGCUUGCAAGGACAUCACAUCUUGCGAGGACAGCACAGCUUGCGGGGACAGCGCAGCUUGCACGGACAGCACAGCUUGCAGGGACAGCACAAUUGCGAGGACAGCUCAACUUGGGAGGACAGCUCAACCUGAGAGGACAGCUCAACUAGAGAGGACAGCUCAACUUGACAGGACAGCUCAACUUGAGGCGACAGCUCAACUUGAGAGAACAGCUCAACUUGAGAGGACAGCUCAACUUGAGAGGACAGCUCAACUAGAGCGGACAGCACAACUUGAGAGGACAGCUCAACUUGAGAGGACAGCUCAAGUUGAGAGGACAGCUCAAGUUGAGAGGGCAGCUCAACUUGAGAGGGCAGCUCAACUUGAGAGCAAAGCUUGCGAGGACAGCACGGCUUGCGAAGACAACACAGCUUGCGUGGACAGUACGGCGUCCGAGGACUGCACAGCUUGCGAGGACAGCACGGCUUGGGAGGACAGCACGGCUUGUGAGGACGGCACGGCUUGCGAGGACAGCACAGCUUGCGAGGACAGCACACCUUUCGAGGACAGCACGGCUGGCGAGGACAGCACAGCUUGCGUGGACAGUACGGUGUCCGAGGACAGCAACGGCUUGCGAGGACAGCACGGCUUGGGUGGACAGCAGGGCUUGAGAGCUCAACUUGAGAGGACAUCUCAACUUGAGAGGACAGCUCAACUUGAGGGGACAGCUCAACUUGAGGUGACAACUCAACUUCAGAGGACAGCUCAAGUUGAGAAGACAGCUCAACUUGAGAGGGCAGCUCAACUUGAGAGGGCAGGUCAAAUUGAGGAUGCAGCUCAAAUUGAGAGGGGAGCUCAACUUGAGAGGACAGCUCAACUUGAGAGGAAAGCUCACCUGAGAGGGUACCUCAACCUAAGAGGACAGCUCAACUUGAAAGGACAGUCCAACUUAAGAGGACAGCUCAACUUGAGAGGACAGCUCAACUUGAGAGGACAACACAACUUGCGAGGACUGCACAACUUGCGUGGACAGCAAAGCUUGACAGCUCAACUUGAGAGGACAGCUCAACUUGAGAGGACAGCUCAACUUGAGGGGGCAGCUCAACUUGAGAGGGCAGCUCAACUUGAGAGGGCAGCUCAACUUGAGAGGGCAGCUCAACUUGAGAGGCCAGCUCAACUUGAGAGGAAAGCUCACCUGAGAGGACACCUCAACCUGAGAGGACAGCUCAACUUGAGAGGACAGUCCAACUGGAGAGGACAGCUCAACUUGAGAGGACAGCUCAACUUGAGAGGACAACACAACUUGCGAGGACAGCACAACUCGCGUGGACAGCAAAGCUUGCGAGGACAGCAAAGCUUGCGAGGACAGCAAAGCUUGCGAGGACAGCAAAGCUUGCGAGGACAGCACGGCUUGCGAGGACAGCACAGCUUGCAUGGACAGUACGGCAUCCGAGGACCGCACAACUUGCGAGGACAGCUCGGCUUAGGAGGACAGCACGGCUUGCGAGGACAGCACGGCUUGCGAGGACAGCACAGCUUGCGAGGACAGCACAACUUGCGAGGACAGCACACCUUGCGAAGACAGCACAGCUUGCGAGGACAGCACAGCUUGCGAGGACAGCACAGCUUGCGAGGACAGCGCAGUUUGCAAGGACAGCGCAGCUUGCAAGGACAGCACGGCCUGCAAGGACAGCACGGCUUGCGAGGACAGCAUGGCUUGCGAGGACAGCACAGCUUGCGGGGACAGCGCAGCUUGCAUGGACAGCACAGCUUGCAGGGACAGCACAGCUUGCGGGACAGCGCAGCUUGCGGGGCAGCACAGCUUGCGAGGACAGCACAGCUUGCGGGGACAGCACACCUUAUGGGGACAGCACAGAUUGCGAGGACAGCUCAACUUGAGAGGACAGCUCAACCUGAGAGGAAAGCUCAACCUGAGAGGACAGCUCAACUAGAGAGGACAGCUCAACUUGACAGGAAAGCUCAACUUGAGGCGACAGCUCAACUUGAGAGAACAGCUCAACUUGAGAGGACAGCUCAACUUGAGAGGACAGCUCAACUUGAGAGGACAGCUCAACUAGAGAGGACAGCUCAACUAGAGAGGACAGCUCAACUUGAGAGGACAGCUCAACUUGAGAGGACAGCUGAACUUGAGAGGACAGCUCAACUUGAGAGGACAGCGCAAGUUGAGAGGACAGCUCAACUUGAGAGGACAGCGCAAGAUGAGAGGACAGCUCAACUUGAGAGGGCAGCUCAACUUGAGAGGGCAGCUCAAGUUGAGAGGUCAGCUCAACUUGAAAGGGCAGCUCAACUUGAGAGGACAGCUCAACUUGAGAGGAAAGCUCACCUGGGAGGGCACCUCAACCUGAGAGGACAGCUCUACUUGAGAGGACAGUCCAACUGA